AUGGACAACAUUGAAGUGGCCGUAUUAUUAUCAAGAAAGAAGACUGAGAAUGAAGAUAAAAAGCAACAACAUUCGCAACCACUGCCAAUGCCACCACCAAUCGAUCAUGAAGAUCCUGGCGAUGAUUCUGAAAGAGAUGAAUCUCCAUCACCCUCAUCCAAUCUGCCUUUAGUAAACCAUUUAUCAUGUAGUACAUCAACACGCAUUCCACUAUUCAAACGUGGGGUAGACAGAGUAUCAUGUUCUGAAUGUGGCGAACGUAUGUUGAAAAAAAAUCUUAAACGCCACGAAGAAAACAUACAUGGCAAUAGUUUUAAGUCUUUGCCAGUUCUUAAAUCAUAUUCUGUGAAUCGAGAAAACUCCUUAUUUGCAGUGGAAGCUGGUCCGAGAAAUGCCUUACCAAUUCAUGCUGAGAAAGAACUUCUUUGUACAAAUCCAAAAGUAUUUUGCGAGAGUAGCACAUGUAUACAAGCUGCAACAAUUGCAACACGUAGCAGACUUCCAAGUUUCGAAUGUCAACAUUUAUUAUCAGUUAACAGAGCAAUUCGAUUCAUAGAACAACCAUUCCUUCUCCCCGUGAAACUUGAUGAAUUAUGUAAUACGUAUCAUCCAUUUUCUGAAAGCAGUAGAGAUGCAGCUCUAACAUUGAACAGUCGAAGCAUAGCCAAUGGGUCAGUGCCUUUGUAUCCAUUAUUUGAAUCGGCUAGUACAGAUCGGCAAUUGCGUUUUUCCAUUCAUACAGGCGAGACUCACUAUUACAGUAUACUUGGGCGAGUUAUUGUUUCGUAUGAUAGUGAUAAAAAAACAUGGCAUUGUCGAUGCUGCAAGAAGAGGGGUUGCGGUCACAAAGCUCUUGCUCGUUGGUAUUGCUACCAAGUAUUCCCGGGUAAAAUACACCACGGCGCCUCAGAAGACCAAUAUGAAACUGAUGACAUUGAUGAUGGCAACACGCUGAUUAUUCCUGGCGCUAUAAAACAAUUACAUUCAUAUCCACCGGUUAUUGACAUUUCGGAGAGAAUGGUUGAAUACUGGUUGAGGCAUAAAAAAAUUCCACCUGAUAUUUCUUUGUCUAUGUCAGAGAAUUUUAACCAUACUCGUCUCAUGCCUGUGGAAAAGAGGUGCAAAGUAUGUAAAUCGCAACCGCUUUUGGAUUCACCCUUGCUUAUAUCAUCGAAUGCAAAUAUAGUUGCAAUGAAUGGACUAAUAAAAGUGUCUAGUCUCAAAUUACCGGAUGUUUGUGAAGAUUCUGAUAAAGUUGAUGUUGAAACAUUCUGGAAAAAGAUCGAAAUGGAGAAGUUAGUGAAACCGCUCAUUAGAUAUGGCGAAAAAAAUCCAUUCCAAGUGACACCAUCCUAUUCAGCAUGGGCACCAUACAUUGGACGAGCUACCCGUGGGGAAACAGUAUGGAAUACAGAGCACAGAAAAGUGAUAAGAGAAACUGAAAGACUUGAAACAGACUGUCGUGAUAUGUCCGAGGAGCGUUUAAUAGAACUCCUGAAUUCUUCAAGCAUCACGGUUGCAAAGGUGAAAGAAAUAUGUUCAACUUGCAAUAUUGCAGCAACCGGAUCAAAAUAUGAUAUGGUAUUGCGUAUUCGACAGGCACUGAUUAAAAAUGAUAAUAUAAUGAACAAAGUAUUCCAAAAGAUAUGGGGUGCUUCUGGUGGAUGGCUUUCAGCAAGCUGCCCUCAUCGUAUCGUAUAUGCAGUUAAGUUUCUUAUUCGGGCUGAGAGUCCGCGAGAUCACGUUGACCUUAUUAGGUCUUUCAAGGUUCAACCAUCUGUUGUUAUCGUUGAUAUGCCACAUAUGGUAGCAAGACAUGGAAAUAUUAGAUAUCCGCAGAUGUUUCAUCCCUAUGACGGCAGAGUUGCAGAAAGCACAUCAGAAAAUAUUAUGCUAGCAACAGAAGGAAAAUUGGAGGUACACUUACCUUGGCUAUAUGGUCGGCAGCAGUCCAGUCAAGGAAAUCAUGUACUAGGAGAUGAUGUUCAUCUGUGUUUAUAUGAUGUAUUUCACCAGCAAAAUACAUCCAAGGAAGAGGAAGUAUUGCGACGUAUUUCAAAUAUUCCGGAGUUGCACGGCAUUGUAAAUAGUCAGGUAGCAGAACAAAUACACAACUCAAGAAAGAGGGACAUUCAUUUCCUAAAUACUAUGGGAGCUACAACACAUAUAUUUAUAUUAAUGAAUGUUAUUCACUCACAUAACAUGAAAGUGAACGCCGAUACCAUGGCCAAAAUGACAGACGUAUUCAAGGCCCAAGUAACCUUCGAUAGCUUGGGACGUGCAGUUAUCAGUCAUUCGACUUCAAACCAUUCCGCUAUUGACCACAUUUCCAAUGUUACCGAACACGUAGACAGUUUAUCGGAGCAGGGCGAUGUCACAGGUCAGUCGACUUCAAACUAUUCCUCUAUUGACCACAUUUCCAAUGUUACCGUACACGUCGAAAGUUUAUCGGAGCAGGGUGAUGUCACAGAUAAUAUACCAGAGCAUUCAGUUAUAGACCUUGAAGUUGCAAAGGAGAUACUUGGUUCUAUAGCAAUGGACCAAACACAAGGUUACAAUAAUCAAGUGAUUGAUAUUAUGAGGGUUCUGCGUGAGUCACGUGAAACUGCUGAGAAAGAGACAGAGAAUAUCACUCGUCUGAGGGAUGCCCUACUCAGAGAAGGGCUGGAAGAAUGCCUACCGCCAACACCAAUGGAUGGGAAUUGCUUAUUCCACGCACUGUGUGAACAUAUUUGUAGAGUUAAGGACAUCCCACGGACAGAACUAUCUCACUACGAGUUACGCGAACUCAUUUUAAACUUCAUGUCGGAAUCAAAAACUGAGCUUCAGAAAUUAACAAGGAUACAAUGAAAUACAAUCUACGAGUUAAUCC